UUACUCAGGCAACUGUUGAUUCGUGAAAGAGCUAUGUAGCCACAGAAUUUCACGAUCUCGACAGGAUUCGAAACGGGACUUCAUCAAGAUCCUCAACAUAUUCUCAUUGUUUUCGAACUAACAAUCAUUUAAGAGCAAACAUGUGGCUAUGGGUGUGCAUCUUAUGUUAAGUACCAGGGAAGGCAACUAAUGCGCCCUUGACCUGUUUGUUUCUUGGUUUUGAUCUUCUUCAGUUUCAACUGCAAUCAUCCGUUAUUGAUACCAUCAUCAAACACGUCAUUGAUCUGGAAGAAGGUGGUCGUCCUGCCACCGCAGCAUAUUAUCGACAAAAUCCGAAAAACAAUGAAAUUAUUGAUGAAACGGUGAAACAACUAUUACAAGAAGACAGAGCGGAACGAUCUUAUUCAGCAUGA